AUGGAAAAUGAAACAACACCGUCAUACUUUUUCUUCACCUUAUUUAAGGGUUAUGAAAAUGUAAGAAUAAUUUAUUUUCUGUUAACAGUGAUAGUGUAUCUUCUCAUCAUCCUUUUCAAUCUAAGCAUCAUACUGGUUGUAUUCAAGGACAAGUCCCUUCAUGAACCCAUGUACCUUUUAAUUUCUUGUCUCUUACUAAACUCUCUGUAUGGCAGUUCUGCACUUUUUCCAAGACUCUCUGUUGAUCUUCUGUCAAAGACUCAUGCCAUAUCCCGUCCUGCAUGUUUCACACAGAUAUUUGUUAUUUACACCUAUGCAAUAUCUGAAUACACUGUAUUAACCAUGAUGGCAUAUGACAGAUAUGUAGCCAUAUGUCAACCACUGCAAUAUCAUAACAUAAUGACACAAAGGAGAACAUAUCAGCUUAUUUUGUGUGCCUUUUCCUGGUCAAUCUUUUGGAUGACUCUUGUCAUUUAUUUUUCUAUCAGGCUACCACUCUGUGGCAGUCAGAUACCAAGAGUAUACUGUUCAAAUUGGUCUGUAGUAAGACUUUCUUGUGUGACAACAGCAGCUAAUAAUGUUUUGGGGCUUUUUGUUACCGUAACUACAAUCUUUCUGCCUGCAGGUUUCAUAUUGUUCACAUACAUUAGGAUUCUUAUUGUCUGCCAUAAAAGCACCUCAGAAUUUAGAGGUAAAGCACUGCAAACCUGCUUGCCUCAUAUUGUAAAUUUUGUAACCUACUCAUUGGCGACAUUUUCUGAUAUUGCACUCAGUCGUUAUGAACCUGGUCAAAUUGGAAAUGCUAUAGUUUUGAUAAUUUCCCUGGAAUUUAUUCUGAUUCCUCCAUUACUAAAUCCACUGAUAUAUGGCCUAAAUUUACCAGAUAUACGAAAGAAAAUUCUCAGUCUGAUUAUUUAAUCAAAAAUCUUUCAAAUCUUAAAAA